ACGGAAUUAGACUGGAUCAACAGCUGAGAGCGGCACGCUUACACUAUGAGUGGAAGAAUUAGCGAAGUCUCUUAAAAUUCUCGAUAAAUGUUUGCAAAACUCAAGCAGAAAAUCGCCGAAGAGGAAUCAACCUCAGACUCCAGCCGCUCUUUGCCUUCUAGUCCGAGUGUUCGACGAGCUAAAGUCAAUGGAUGGACGGAGAACAAAUGGGAAAGGCGAAGACUCAGCAAUGCGAGUAGCUUGUACGAAUCAAGGGAAUCACUACUCAGCGAAAGCAGUACUGUUUCAUCAGGGCUUAAUGUAUCAAGACAUGCUUCUUUCACGAGCAGAUCAGCCGCGACUCCAGUUGGGACGCCUAUCGAACCUCCGGGUUUUUCGGUGUGUAGUAGUGUUAGUUUGACCAUUAGAGCUCUGUUUCUCGUUGUCUUGUUGCCUUUCCUCUCAUGACUUUUUAAUAUCAUGCAUUGUUUCGCUGUGACCUUGACUACACCAUGUCCCAGAGCCGAAAACGUUGUAGGAUAUCAUUUGUUUCGGCAAAAAAUGGUGACUUUGUAAAUGGAGGAAUACUUUCUUUUGAAUUAGUACUAAAGCUUGAUGCUCUUUUGCCCAUAUGGCGAGAAUUGUGGCUUGGUCGCGGUGAAUUAAAUUAUGAUAGAUAUUCCACGUUGCCAACUCAUUACCACUCUUUAAAGGUAAAAAUAGUGAUGAAGAAUUCCCUUAUCGUUUCAAGGAAUGUGUUAGCAGGGCAAUACAGUAACACGACAAAGCUAUCCUUUUUAAAAAAAUGCGUUCUGUUGUUGAUCUGAUGUAAGUUGACUCAAAAUAACAGAGGUCAUAAAUAAUGAAUCACGAAUGUUUGGUAGGAGUGAUUCACUUUGUUCGACCGUAUAUAGGUUCAAAUUUGAUUGAAAGUUGUAUUGAGAGUUAUACUUUAGCAAAUGUCACCAAAUUUCCUCUACAUUUCUAAAUACGGUAAAAGGUUUUGAUUUGCAUACAUGUAAAGUUGUACAUGUAUCCACCUCAUCCUUGCUUGGGUGGGUUUAUGGCUGUUCAUGCUCUGUUGCACAAUGUAGUGCUCCUUGGUACAGUGUUUUUACCACAGGUUUCCUUCAAAUCUGUUUUGGCUGAUUGCAAAGAAAAGACUGGCAUUCUGUCUGGUCUGAAAGAGAUCUUAUUAAGAUGUUUCUCAUCUCAUUAUUUCCUUAUGCAUAAUCGACACCAAUCAGUAAACCAAUUUUUACCUGUUUUGAAAUGGAAAAUGAUAGUAAUUACAUUUGUGAUCUAUAACUUCAUAUUGGUAUAAAAGGAUACUUAAGCACUCAGCUCAUUAAGAUUCUCUUUAAAUGUAUAUUUAAAAUACUCAACUUGUAAACAUCCUUUGACUUCUUUAAUUGCCAAAACUUUUCUUUUAGAAUUAAAUCUUCAAAUUUAAUCCUUUGUGAAAGAUCAUUUAUACAGUCUCAAAAUUUUAUGUCUUAAAUAAGCUACAUGUAAUUUGAAAUCUCAUGUAAAGCAGAAGAAUGUUGAUAUAUGUGUACAAGUACAGACAAAUCACUAUUAUCAACAAUGCAUAUCAACAAGGAAAGAAACAUUUUGGGGGUGGUGGGAGAAUUGAUUAAGUUUCAUAUGCUAUAUUUAAUCACAAAAAGAGGUCUCUUAGGCAUAUGUUAAAGAUAAUAGCUUCAACCCUUAAUUACCACAACUUUUUUGAUUCCUUGUGGUGGUGUCCAUUUGGAGGAGCUGGAACUGUGUGAAAAUGUAUAUUUUUUUUGUUGUUGCAGGUCAACUCUCGGUCAUCAAAGGAAGAAAUUCUUCAUUUGUUGGCGAAGAAAGGGGAUCAAGUCAGUAAACUGGAAGCAAAGAUUGCAGGUGAACAGAUAUUCAAAAACUCCUUUAAAUGAACCCAUCCUGUUUGUAGAUUUAUUAAGUACUACACAUGUAGUUGAUCAGUGUGAUCAGGGUAAGCAGCAAACAUUAUGACUCUAUGAUCUUUCAAGCUGUACUUGCUCAGUUGCAUUGCUGUUUCUGUUUUACCUGUUUUUCUAGAUAUGGCAAGUCUACUGAGAGAGCAAACCCGAGUUAAGGAAUCCCUUGAAGGUGCUCUUGAAAAGCAGAAGGAAGGUAAUCAUAGCAACAAAUUUUUGAAUGUAUGUGCAUGCAUGCCAUGUGUAAUACAACUAAAAAAUAUUACCCAGACCAGAUGCACCUUCUUGAUAAGCAGUGAUAUUCAAACUUUUCAGGAGAAAAGUGUGAGGCAAUCAUUAUGGGACAUUCUCCACAAAAAUUGGUUUAAUCAAAGAAAUUUAACUUGAGAAUUUGUGCUGCAGUGGGAAAUUUUCUAAUAUCUGAUGGCUGGUAAACACCUUGAAUGCUUCUAGCAUUCAUCACAAUGGUACAGAAACUAAAUUUGGUCUGUGAUACAAGGUUGAUUUGUUUGAAAAUCUCAAGAUCAAAUACUUUACCCUGCCUUUUCAGGCUAUUCUUAAUUCUCCCUUUGUUGCAUUCUGUGACUGAGAUAUUUUUCCUCUUUUUUACCAUUUAGUUGACAUUUCUCUGGCCUUUGUUGAUUUCCUUUGUAACACUAUGUCAAUGACAGAUAUAUUUUUUGCUCUUUUUUUCAUUUGCAUGACAUAAUUAUAGUUUACUCUGAUUGUCAUGAGUGUUUCCAUUGUCAAAUCACUACAUACAUGACUUGUAUAGUUGUAAAAUAUGUUUUGUGCAACAAUCAGAAAAGCAUAAUCAUUUAUACAAAUUAUGCUAAGAAACUGAAGACACCUCAGAUCCAGUCUGAUGGCUGGUUUGCUGGCUGGACGGUAUAACAAAUUAUAAAGUAAACCUUGAACUGAAAUGUCAACUUUACAUUACAGAGCACUCUAUGAGAUUAAGAAGUAUGAAUAUAGAGUUUGAAGAGAAAUCCAGGAAGAUGAAAAACGAAUUUGAAAAGACUCUAGAUGAAAAAAAUCAGGUAUUACUAACAGUGUGUUUGUAACUUUAUAUCAAGUAAUAAUGGUAUAGAUGUUUUAAACUUUAACUAGUUUUUGUUCCCAUGAUCUUUGUUUUUAUGGUUCUAGUUUUCAUAAUUAAUUGUUUGAAAGUUAAAUGCUAUUUUUAAAUUUUGAAUGCAGUUAAUUUACAAAUACGCUAUUUACAGUUGCGUUAGAAUUUUCCAUAUUUAAGGAUUUAUAGCAGAUUUUUUCUCUCAUUGAUUUUCAAGAUUGUUGUUAAAUUCAGAGGAUGGUGUUUUUAUGCUGUUGUGGAAUGUAGUACACAACAGAGAGUUAUGUCAUGCAAGUAUGCCACAUACAAUUACAGCACAUUAUACUUUGAUUCAAUCCUGUAAAAUGAACGGUAGCCACAUGUUCAAUGUACAUGAGCUGCUGUACUCAGACAUACAGUUUGAGAUUACUAUGAAAUCUCCUGUUGCCAUUUUGUCAGCAAAAAUUCCAAUUGCUGACAGAUUAUAUUUGUUGACAGUGGUAGUGAAACUGCCCUACGCAUAGGUGCAAUAAUGUAGUCCAAAGACUUAUUGAUUUCUGUAAGAGAAAUAUUACAAUGUGUUAGAUUAUAAAACUACAGUGUGUGGUGUUACUAUGUUUUAUAAUAGCAAUGUUCAUGCACACUUUAGAAAUGUUCAUGCAGAGUGUUCCUUGAAUUUUUAGUGAAAUCAAAUUUCUAAAAGUUGCAUUAAAGAAAAGUAUAGUUUAGACACUUUGAAUAUACUGUAUUUGGAUAUGCACAGCAACAUUUAGCAGUCUCUCCAUGGUGUCACACACUCAGGCCUACUUGUUGUAAGACUGGAAAAUGCUAUCCAGCAGAUAAACCCUUACCCAGAGGAUGAGUAUUAUCAGAAGUGUACCGCAAAAAGAGAUUUUUUCAGGGAAUAGUGUUAGCCACCCUUCAAACAACUGGGCUAUACAGGUCUUGAAUUUCUGUGGAGUCGCAAGAUUGGGAAAUAUAAAAAAGUCUGAGUUAAUAUUGGACCAACUCUCUUGUCCUGCCUUAUACUAACUGAUUCUAAAAUGAAAUAAUUAUUUUAAAAUUUCCCAUUUUCUGAACUACUGUUUAUCAAAGUAUGAAAUCAUUAAAAUGUUUGGAAUUAAACUUUUAGGAACUUGAAAGUAAACUAAAGGAAUUAACUUUGGUAAGAUCAGAUUGUUGCCUUUUUUAAAAUCUCUAAAAAUCUAGCUCAGACCUAAAUUAACUGGCUCUGCUGUUAUUGAUAAUGAUUACUAUUGGUUAAAGAAUGUACUCACUGAUUUGAGAGAGCUUUUGUUUACAUUUGUAUAAUAAUUUUUUGUCCUGGAUUUACCUGUAAAUACCUGGAGUCUGCAUGAAUUAUCAAAUUCAAACACACUUUUCUUGAGUAUUUUUCAAUUUAGACAGUGGCAUUACAGGGCUCUGGUGGAAUUUGAUUCGAUGAAAAUAAAUCUUGUACUGCAUGCUAACCAUUUCUUUCUUAACAUUGAGAGUUUCAACAUCUUCCUUUUCCAGUAGAAAAAAAAAGCAAAACAAACUGAUAUCAGCAUGCGACCCACAUAGGAAAUGGGUCAUGCAUAUUAUAGUCAAUCAGAGCAUGUGCUUUUGUAAAGCUGUGUUAUAAGUUAAAAUAAGGUACGUGGCAAUUAAAUUUAAAAAUUUGAAGAUAUCAGUUCUAAGUUUAUAAAACAUUCUGGUGGUUUAGGAAAGCACUCGCUAUGCAGACUUGAAUGAACUUAACCAACUCCAACAGCAAGAACUCACCAAGAUGAAGUCCUUGGUAGGUUUUGCAUUUUGCAACUACCCUUAAACUGUAGCAGUACUAAAUUUUAUAUGGAUAGCGCAUCUAAUAACAGCCAAAGGCGUUAGUCUCCUCCAUGGCUCUAUGAAAUACUAAAUUGUCAAAAUAUUAGAAUGUUGAAUUAAUUAAAUAGCUAAACUUUCCUUGCUACCAAUUCUGAAGCUGUAAGGCAUGGAUUUCUUCAUGCCAAAAUCAAUGAAAGUAACUCCCCUUUUACUUUGUCAAAGUGGGAAAGCAGACUAAAUCAUUAACAUUGUUCCACUGUUUAACAGUAUUACAUGUGUAUUGCUUUUUUGCGCUGCUAUUAUGAAUUCUUAAACUGUAAAUGUCAUCAGUGAUGAAUCAGAGAAAUAAUUCCACAGGUGUUUAUGUGGUAAGUAGUCAAUAUGGCUUGAUUUCUGUGCUCUUGACCUCUCCUUGGAAUUUCUUUACUAAAUCAGACAUAAAUUUUUGAAAAUCAUUCUGCAAUGACACAUGAGCAUUGUGACAAGGUCUUAUUAUUUCUUGUUCCAAUGCAACUGUAACAAAAAUUUAAAUUGAAAGGUGUGAAAUGGAAUCAUGAUGACUGAAUGAAAAAAAAUAGCCAAGUUAAAACUUUAAUAAAUGAUUAUAUACGCAAAUGAAUAAAUAAAUAAAUGAUCAAAGUUAUAAAGAAUGAAUUGGUUUCGAUAAAAAGAAAUGUCACUAAGCAAAUGAAUUAACAAAUGUGAGAAAAUAAAUUCCUGGACAAAAAAUAGUUGAGUUGUCUGAUCUUACAUCAGUUGACUUGACUAUUAAGCAUAAAGAUCCUUUUACACAUUUUUAGUUAGCAACCAAACACAUUCUCUAUUAUUUUUUAUCACAAUUUGUCUUGGUAAAUGAUUUAAUUUAAGAAAUUGCAUAUUAGGAAGAAAAGAUAUUGUUGAAGAACUCUUGAAGCCCAGUUUGCUAUCACUCACGGAAAUUUUUGAAGAUACCAAAAAAGAGUACUAUUGCAUGUGUCUUUACGGUACCAUGCUGUUUAUUUUUAAUAAGUGUUAUGAAACACUUACUCUGUACAUCAGAUAGAGGCAAAUCGAUACAUUUUUAGGAACAUCCUUAGGGUGACAAUGCAGUCAAAGCUCUCGAGAACACAGCAAUUUGAAAUAAUUAUUAUGAUUAACUUUUUGUCAACAAACAAAUUGGCCAGCCUGUAUUAUGACAUGCUUCAGCUUCGGUUAUAAAAUGAGAACUAACUUCAUCGCUGUGAUCUUUAAUACAAAUUUCAAAUUACAUUACAUUGCACAAGUCAAUCCAAUGAAUUGUGGACAGCUGAAAAGAGAAUACAAGAUUCCUUAUAUCCUUACAAAACCGCCUUGAAGUAUCAAAGUUUCUAAUAGUUAAUUAAUUACCUUGUUCAAAAAAAAUCAGUAUCAAAGACUAAUUACCAAACAAAUUGCUCUUAACUCAUAAUAAAAAUAAUUAAUUACGAUAAAAAAUUAGCACUUAACGUAUCCUAGAAAUAAGUAAACAAUUUCUUGCGGAAGACUGACAAGGUGUUAGACUCCCUAAUGUUAGGAGGUAGUUCGCUAAAAAAUAUCGGGUUCUAUAUUUGGAAUCGUUCAUCCCUUUUGUGCUCUAAAGAGUAAAGACUUCUUAAAACAUACCAUAGUCAUAUAUCGCAUCUUUCACCUAAAGUGGAGAUCUGUACAAUUUUAAACAUCUGUAUAACUUACACUCUUCACAUGGUAAACUUAACGGAAUCCAGUUGAUAGAAUCCGUAAAAAUUACCCAUUUUAUAACCUCUAAAUAGUUUAUUCAGUACCAAACCGACGCCACUCGCAAAGCUGCAGAAAUAUUUGAAAAAAGCAAGGUAAGAAAUUUUAAAAAUUCUUUGAUAACAGUGAAUUGCUACAAACAGCAUUGUUAUACACUUAAAACGAGUAGACACAUUGAAUUAAACAUAUUUAAAAAGCCAUUUUUUUCACUAAGCUUUCACACAUUUAGGUUUUGAAAUAAGUAAUAAAUGCUAGUGGUUAAAUUUAAACUAAAGUCAAGUGCAUUAUUACUAGAGAUUUUACCCAUUGUGAAUGUUUAUCGUGUUAAUCGAUUCUAUUCCAGAUCCUUCAGAUUGUUUUAUGCUGAUCUCUUAGAUUAGGAUAUUAAAUCGUAAUGAAAGUAAAAUAAUGGAUUUCCUCAACUGUAGAAAAUCAUAUCUAUGUUGUCUUUUUGCUACAGCAAAUAGAGGACUUGGACAAAUCUUACCUUGAACAGAAAGGAGAAUUGGCUUCUCUUCAGGAGCGUUUAGAUGACUUGGCUCGAGAAAGGUUUGCGUUCAUGUGCAGUAUUUAAUAUUUUCUUGUGUCGGUGUACUACAUGUACAUGUGAGCAAUCCAUUCCAUACCAUGGGAACUGCCAAUCAGAUAGCAGGAAAGCCGUUGUAUAUGCGACAGUUUUACACGUAGCUUGCGUUGCGAUCUUACACCCGCUAAAAGUUUGUGAACGGUAAACACGCUCUUGUUGAGACUCACGUAUACUCAUAAAAUAAUUUAUUCCAGGAAUAUUCCACAGUACACUACUCGAAAGCGGUAUAUUACACAUUUCAUGAUUCAUCUUACUUUCCUUGAUCUUUCGCUUAAGUAAUAGUAUUGCACUCAGAGGAUGUUUGGAGCAGACAAAAUCAGUGUUUGACUGUUCCGUUUCGUUUGUAUUUAAUUGUUGCGUCAGUGAUGCGCGCUCGGUUUGUUUUUGACUGUUUUCUCUCUUAUUUUUACUUUUACGUUAGAUAUGCGCUCUGAUUGUUUUUGACUGUUGUGUUUGAGAUGCGCGCUCCUUUGUUUUUGAAUGCUACGUCAGACAUGCGCGCUCUCUUUGUUUUUGACUGUUGCGUCAGUGAUGCGUGCUCCCUUUGCUUUUGUGACGUGCACUUUCUUUGUUUGUUCUUAACUGUUGUAUCAGUGAUGCGCACGGCCUCUGAAGUGACACAAGAAACUGUUGUUUUCCUUUACAAUGUCGCGGCUCACUUAGAACAAACAGCCAGUUUUUGUCCUCGUCUGAGGCACUUCUUUUUGUUUUGAAAGGACAAAGUUCGAGUCCCGUGACAAACAACAGCAGGCACGAGUAACAAGUCUCGAAAAAGAGAAGACCUCUCUUUGCGACGAACUUAAAAACACUGUGAAUGAAUUAACACAGGUAAGAACGCCAUUGACAGUCUGCGUGUCAUGUACGCCCGGAAGGGAGACAGGCCGUGUCUUGAGGUGUAGGGCCACGGCGUAAACUUUUUAACAAAGCUGGUUGGCUUCAAAUGCAGUGACCCUUAUACCGUCAUGGUAUACUACAAUGUUCUGAUGUUCAUAAACGUUGUAGGCUGUAAUAUAAGAAUAGAUAAACUUUUGAAUUUUAUAUUCAAACGUUACUUAAUUGAUUUGAGCUUCGUUUUGUUUUUAUUUCUCUGUUAUGGAUAAUCUCAAGCUUUAACAGCUGGAGUUUUAAAACGUUAUGUUAUUCGCAAUAUUUCCCUUUUUUUUCUUUGUCCUGAAAGCCUUAUCAGGGAAGUGGUCAAUACAGUAUACCUAAAAGUGUACAUACCUAUUAAAAUAAAUAUGUUUUCGCAGAAAUCAGUGCAGCUCGAUAGAGUCGAAAAGUCUCUUCGUCUUAAAGAUGAGGAAUUGGCUAACCUGAGGCAGACGCACGCUUUGUAUAAAAACAAGGUAUGAUGAGCUACAGAUAAUUUUUAUCGCACCUGUCAGUAAUCCGACUUGCGUUUUUUGUUUUUAUCUUAAAGCCUUACUACUUUUUGCGUAACCAUAGGUCUCGAUGGAACUGGAACAAAACGAAGGAGAAAUCGCUCAGUUGAAAGAAAGAGUAGGCGAUUUACAACAAAGGUGAGAGUGGUUUCAUCUCCUAAGCUUUUGUUUUAGAGUUGUUAAAUUUGGUGGGGUUCUCACAAGAAUGGAAAGCAGACACAAGGCCUUUUCUCCAGUAACGUGUUACAAUUUCACCUUCUAUGCGAUUUGUCUUUACGUGUUUUCGUGCACAAAUGCACACAAUGCGCACAUUCACAUGUAUGUCGGCAAGCAGUUGCAAGUCUUCAAAAGCUUUUUCUCUCUGAUUCUCGAAUGUAACUCAGUAAACAAAAUGUUCUGUGAGCUUUUUCCUGCUGCACAGUUUAGCAAUAUUCCAACUAAAUGUGGUUGCUAUGUAUCUUUUCCACGUACGUCUCUUUAUUCUGAUAAGUUUUUGUUCCUUGUUCUAGAGUUGACGAUAGCAAGCUUUCGGGUAACGAUCAGGUUCAAGCUAUUGAAAAAGAGGUACAAGUUGGUUUAUAGUGCUCCUUGUGACUGUACAUGUGAUUAUAAGAAGUUCUCGUUUCUUCUCCAUGUGGUAUAAUAAUUUGUUGGUUUCAAUCUUAAUUGCAGAGAGAGCAGCUUGAGAAUCGGCUCCGUGAAACUCGUGAUCAACUCAAUGAAUUGAGGGCGAACUCAAACGAUCGAACUAACACUCUGGGAUCUCUGGUAAUAAUCUUUCUUGUCGUUUUUUUUAGUUUUUUUUUUGUUCUUUCGAAAACAGAAUAUUUUCAAGGAAUUUCCUUCCUCAUAAUUGUAAGAGUUCUUUAACUUAAGACUCCAUAAUUCCUUGGGCCUUUCAAACUUUUAUUUAUUGAACAUUUGUGUUGUCGUAAUGGUAGACUGUGAAGAUUACCUGAACUCUUUCUUAUUAUUGCAGUUGCUGGGUAUGAUAUAAAAUAAAAUUGAUUUAAUUAACAGUAUGGUAUAGAAGAACAAUCAUGUUAAGAAAAUCAAAGGACUUAUAUCUAAAUAUUGAGAUUGGAACUGUCAAAGAAUUAGAAUUUUAUUCUGUUUAUUUAAAUGUACUCUCUAGGUUAGCACUCUAAAUGAAAGAUUGGAAAGAAAGGAAUCAGAACUUACCGAGUGCAAACGAAGAUACGACCAGGAUUACGAAAGCUGGAAAAGUCAAGUAUGUUAUCACUGGUGCUGUUUCAUUUAAUUACUAUUCAUAUCAAACACAGACCACAAUGUUUGGGUAACACAGUUGAUUGACAAGCAGAACGAGACGCUGGCGCUAGAGAUCAACAAACUAAACAAAUAAGGGUGGUGUGGGCGGGAAAGCGUUGACUAGCUCGAAACUGGCAGAGUGUCAGAGCGACCUGAAACCCGAUGCACUGGAAAGCUACGACAAACUGUCCAGGGGCGUGUUCUGUACGGUAAUUACCCAUCAUCACCCAGGGUGAUCAUUGUACGUUAUUUAGAUAUUGGUUUUCAAUAACUUUCUGAUAAACAGGGCAAACUACUUGUAUUGACUCGAUAAGAGUUUAAUCAAGUUCAUGACCACGAGCUCAGUGGGUGUCUUUUCAAUGGAAGAUCCUUGACACCUAAAGCACCUAACUUCUUUUUAAGCGGGACAAAAUGAAAAAAAACAAGUUCCUGUAAAAGACCGUGCCUGUUGCAGAUAUGAGCAGAAUUAAGCUGCGAAUAAGAUGUCGGUUGUGCAUCGGUAGCAGUAUGAAAACUGCCACAAAAGUUUAAGAUAUCAUAAAGUAUCACUGCAAAGCAACUUACUCUGUUUCUAAAAGUAGAAGAGGUCGUCAUGAUGAGAAAUUCGUUACUGAUAGGAUGAUAACCCGAUUAGUCGAACUGGAGCGCAGUGUUGGUCGACCAAUUGCAUGUUUUGUUCUCCGGCGAGCUUGACUCAAAUUCUAGAGACAUUUUGCCGCCUGCUUUUUUAACAGGCAUUAUUUUUCAAAUAUUUUUUUUUGCAGAAUUUUCAACUUGAGCAGGAAUUGGCCAUAUUAAAGGAGGAAUCGUUGUCAGGAAAACGCUCCUCAGACAGACAAACAGCGAGCUUAGAAGGACAGGUACUUGUUUAUGCUGCUUAUACCACUCUUUUGACCUGUUUUUUUUAUGUGCACUGUUUAUGCAGGCAUGCGAGUGUCUUGCAUAUGAAUAGUUAGUCCAAGUAUAGCUUUCAAGAACCUAUAAAGUGCGGUUAGCUUUUUGUUUGCUUUAUUGGAGGCAAUUGAGACAGCUCUUUAGGUUUAUUUUCCACAGUAUUUCUAUGUAGUGAUUAUCUCUCUCAUCCAACCACAUACACCCUGUCUUCUUUAUAAGGUGAUGCGUUUGGAGGCUGCUCGGGAAAAAGAAAAGAGUGAAAUGCAAACAAAGCUGGUAAGAGCAGUAAGCGUUUGCCCCCGAAACAAUUUUUUUUGAUCAUCAUAUUGAAAGUGAGUUAUGUACAGGUCUUGAAAUAACAAGAGGGAGAAACUCAGCCUCGUUUUAAACGUUAUCAAAGUAUUUUCUUGUAAUUGCUUUCUGAUAGGACCAGCUAAAAAUGAUCGAGAAUGAGUAUUCCAGACAGGAGGACGCGUAUAAGCAACAAAUAGCUGACUUGGAGGAGGAAAAAGAGCAGCUACAGGUGGGAAUAGUGAAAUGAGUAACUCCUGGCUAGAAACACACUCUGUUUAGGACCUUUUGAGAUAAAAAAAAUCUUAACUUUUUCGAGAAUAGGUAGGAAGUUAACAGAAUCAAGGGGUGAAGUAUUAAAGUGUUGGAUCGUGCUCAGACCGCAGAUAUGGAGAGCACAAUAAUCGGGAACUGAGUUCAGUGGAGGGGUCAUGUGAUAUGGGCGGGCUGUUGAAGUGACAUUCUAUGGAGAACUGGCACAAGGUGCAGGAAGAGUCGGUCAUCCAUUUUUAAGAUUCAAGGAACUUUUAUGGAGAUCCUGAAUUCGAACUGUUGGGUUGUAUCAUCGGAUGUCUCAGUUUGCAAAUAUUAUGAUGACAGACGGAAUGAGAGCACAGAGAAAAAGGCAAAGCGUCCCGAGAAGUUUGGGGGAAAAACGAUUCUAGUCUUUUUAUCAAAUUAUCAUCUGUUUGUGUAAUUUCCGCAUCGGGUUAUGGGCUUGAAUAGAGAACAGAUUUAGUUUCCAGGCAGUACAGUCAGUCUCGUGUAUAGAUUCGAUACAAAAUGAAGUUCAUUAAGUCAAUAGAUAUUGAUGUUUCUCAACAGAACGAACUUCUGUCCAAGGCAGAGGAGAACAGGCAAGUUUCGCUGUGCUUGGAGGACGCUAUGAGGGAAACAAAUGAGCUCAAAAGCCAGGUUAGCCAAUCUCUGUUCAAUAAAUCUGCCUGAAAUCACAAAGACACGAAAUUGAAAAAUCGCAGCACAGUGUGCAUACUUAUACAUGUUAGUAAUGUGGUGGGAGUGAAACUAAUGAAGAUAGAAUGAUUACUUUGAUAAAGUUCUAGAGCUGAAUUCUGAAAUCGUUUUGUGAAAGGCAGCUCUAACUGUACAUAUAGCCCUAAAUUUUUGCAAAGCUCCCGGAUAAGGGCUAGAGUUUAAGAUUUGUACAAUCAGUGAAUGUAAACUUAAAAAGUCAGGUCUUACCAAUAUAAAAGUUACCAAAUCUAAACCUCUUUGACUUGCACAGUGUUCAAGUUUCUUGUUCAUGUAUAGCACUUACAUUGGGGAGGUAAUCACUAAUUAAAUAAAAUAAAAUAAAAAUCUUUAUUAGCAGCUGUCAGCUAAGUUCCAUGAUGAAAUGCAAGUUUAAAUGUACAUGGAAGUUGAAAUGAAUCUAGAUUUAAAUUUCUCUGGUCUUUAAGGCACUUCAAAGUCUUAAAUGACUUAACUAAUAAUCUGUUUUACGUUUCAACUGAAUUAACUCAAGAACUUGCACUUAAUUUGCCAUGCUUUCAGAUUGCUAAAUUUGAGGAGACACUAAAGGAGAAAAAUAAUCUGUUAACUUGUUUUAAAGAGAGUAAGGUGAGAAAGCAACGAUUUUAAACGAGGGAGGAGACCUGGAAAUGUUUUUUUUCCAAAUAUUGUGGAACAAGGUGCAUCGCGACAGAGAAUGCUUCCACAAUCCUUGUUCUGCUCCCAAAAUUCUUUUUCUAUCCUUGCUUCUAUCCAUUGAGUUAAGCUUCCCAAUGAAACAUUAGCGCAAUAAAAUGAGCUAUCCUUACGGCAGACAUUCUUUCGAUUCUUUCUCUAGACUGAUUUCGUUUGUAUACCGGUAUAUCACGUAAAUGUCAGCGUAGCUUUAACUUUUAGCUCCUAUGUCUCUUUUUAAACCUUCACUAGAGAGCACCCUUUACUUUGAUAAAUUAGAAAAUGUAAGAAAUAUUCUCUCAAUUUUAUUUUAUCUUUUGCUGCGUGUUGACGCACAAUCCUCGGGAACUGCGUUAAACACUUUUCGUGUGCAUGCAACUCUUUUAAUUUUGUUAUCUCUCUGGCGAUUACAGCUUGAUUCACCUUCUCAUGUUGUGAGUAACCUCGGUCCUGAAGCACUCGAGAACCUCAAGGAAGAGCUGAAUAACACAAAGGUACUACCUGGCUUCUUGUCACAUUGCUGUACAAACGAGAGAUGUGUGACACGGUGAUGAAUAAUUCUAGGUUUAAACGUUCGCCACGGCAGAGGACGUUUUACUAGUUAUCUCCCUUAAGCUCAUUUGAACUUCUCCUCCUCAUUGGUGCUCUACGGGGUUUAACUGACUUUUUAGUGACAUUUGAAUUAACCUGCCAUGGAGUAGCGUCCCAUCCGUGGGGAAGCACACUUCAUCUAGUCGCUUUAUGUACCACUGACACAAGAAUAAGUUAGGGUAGAAUGAAGUACUCAGCUUUUGGUCACAAUACAACCUUACCUACCAACAGCAGUCAUUAGGAUACCUAAACACGCUAUAACGUUCAGUUAAACAUAUCUUAUCAAUGCAAUUUCUGUAUACACAUCACUAGGAUGUGCAAUUUAUAUUGACCAUUCUGAAUUUCAGAAUUUGUUUGUAUUAUUAACCAGUUUUAAUUCUGUUCUCAAGGAUCGUUACCAGAAUGCAGAAGAAGUUUUAAAACAGAGGUAUUAUUUUAAGUAUAUUUUUAUUAUUAUAUUUUGAUUAACGAGACGUCUGUUAGGUAACCCGGAGGAGUUGGUAACAUGAUACUCGACCCUGAUUGGCUUGUUUCGGCGUUCAGACUUUAUCAUCUAGAUUUUGGGUGCUUAGUUUUCGUUACAAACAGCAGUCAUCGAGAAAAACCGUUUUCACCCUCUUUCGUAUAUAUAUGACUACCUUCCUUUGGUCUUUUUCUUCUUUUUUCUUCUUCAACACAGAGAAAAGACUAUAUCUGAGCUACGAAAAGCUGUUGCUGAGAAGGAGGAGUUACUAAAUCGUUCAACCACAAAGGUAACAAAAGUGACCAUCAAGUCAUGCGAUUUAAAAAGGAUGUCAGAUGUCAGUCGUAAAAAGUAGUCGCCGCUUUCCUCCAAGGAAACAUUUCGUGCAAAUGCUGGGUCAGCCACUGCAAUAAGUCAAAUCAAAUCAACGAAACUGCUGCUAUGGAGAACACGAGCAUUGUGCAAAUAAAACAUCUACCAUAUGCAACAUAAUAUUUGCGUCAGGGUAAUUUUCAGUAGAAUAUCGAAAGGAUCUUGGAAUUUUUUCUAUUUUGCUUUAUUUCGCUUAGUGAUUGGUCCGGAAAAUUGGCGCCAUUCUUUUUUCCAAUCGCAUGCAUUACUAAAUUAAUCGUGACGUGGCCCCUUGUGUCUCCCUUGACUCGAGCAGUUUGCCUGUCUUUCUCUUAAGCUUUCAUUGGCCAGUGUUGAUUUUAACCUUCACUCUGUUUGGCCGUUGUGAUUAUUUUGGUUUCCUUUCUUUCGACACUCUACUAAAAAACUGUUCAAACAGUUUACUAGAUCUCGAUCACAACUGCAUCCUUCUCUUAUUCUGCACCAGUUUCGGUCCUCAAACAACAGUUUAAAUGUUAUUGAUAGCAAAUUUAAUUCAUUAUAUCUUGUGAUUUGUCUUUAGAUAAGGCAAUAUGAAGAAAAUAACAGAUAUAUAGGAAAUGACAGAAUUUAUAGUCCGGAGAGCAGAGGUGAGUGAGCAGUUUGGUUGUCCUAGUCAUUGGUCAUACACCUGUAGUUUUUGCUUUUGUCAUUCGGUAGUUUUCAUUUGUUCAGUUCAACUGAAAUGUCCGUGGCGCUGUUUGCAUACGGGUGUGCAGUGCAUGUUUUCUGUGCGGGGCUUAAAAGAAAUUGAGCUGUAAUUUGUAAUCAUAUGUGCCAGUUGUCCAUCCCAACACGUAUAUGUAUGUUUACAGUCAGGGUAGUAGAAAAAGAUGAUCACCAAUAUUGGAGAGAUUUUUCAAUUAUGUUAGGGGCAAUUCGGCAUUAAAUUACUUUUGCUGUAUUCGCUCUGUGAUUGGUUUAGAAAACCAUGCCUUUCUCCCAAAACAAUCACGUGCAAGGCCUAACACAAAUGACGAUUGGGUCACCCGCGUUUUGCCGCCCCUCAGGCGGUUUUUUCGUUUUUCCUCUGAUUUCUCGUCGAUUUAUCUUUGGUAUUUUCCUUGGCCUAAUUGGCCGUCGUUAUUACUUUGAUUUUGGUUUACGAGUUGAACUUGCGUUAUAAAUACACUCGGUCAUAUGUACAACAACCAGCAUUGUCCUUUUAUUUUCCAACCUCAUUCCCGUUUGAUUCGAAAUUUACACGUGUAUUAAGAUAGUGGUGGAAAUCAUGAUGACAUCUUGUUUCUCUCACCGUUAAAGAUUCACACAAGUUAAUUACAAAUUUAAGAGAAAGAGUCAAGGAACUGGAAGAGCAGCUUCAAGAAAGAGAGGUAGGCGAUUAGGAUUAAGAGAACUCCAUAUUCUUAUCGAUGAGUCAGUGCUUUUUAGUGGCGUUUUGUUUUGGUUAGCACAGCCCAAUCAUGAUAAAUCUUCAUUUGUUCACUUUCCAGUGUUCACUUUCAGGAUUUGUGUCAAGAAGUUUUUAGCUCGCCAUAGAUGAGCAGAAGAAAGUGUUAUUUUUUGUGGAAUGAAUGAAUUCACUACGUAGAUUAAGAAGUAAUGUGUUAUUUAUUAGACGAUGGUUACAACUUUCAUUUUUUCUUUCUUUCCAGAUGCUUCUUUUGGAUGAAAACGAGGUAUGCUUCACUCGAUUUUUCUUAUUUUUCUUAUUGUUUAUUGUUCCAUGCUUAGUGUUUGCUUUGUACAUUUAUCGUUUAAUAUUUGAAGUUUUUUUACGACUCCAGUUACGUGACCUCAGAAAAGAUAACAAUCGACUUGAAAAAGACCUGGAGGACAAGGACAAGGUAACCAUGACGAUAUAUUGGAACGCAAGGUGAUGGGGGUGGGGUGGGAGUUGGGGCCUGAGGCCGAUAUCGAGUCGGGACACUCAUUACUUCGUCCUCUUCCUGCCGCGAAAGAAAUUCUGAUAAUUAGAAAUUUUCUGAAAUAAGUAAAUCUCGCGAAAGGGGUUUGCCUUUUUUUUAUUGUCGUUCGUUUUUUAGUGCAUCCAUAAUUUGUUUGCUCUGUCAUUCUACGAUCACCGCACCAAAAUGACCCUGACCUUGAACAGAAAACAAAUAAAAGCUGUGCAGUAGUAAUUCAUAUUAGACAUGUAAAAGCAGCACGUUGACAUUCAUGGAAAAUACAGUAUGGUACCGGAAGAAAUAUAAAACUUUAUUAUCUAAUUUUGCAUCAAUUUUAUACUUUAUUUUGUUCGUUUGAAUAGUUAUAAUAAUAGCAUUACAAAAAAAGUUACUUACCACGAGACAUUUGAACAAGAAACUUUGCACAAUCUUGAGUUUUCGUGAGUGUGAUAAUGCUAAUAUUUGGCCACUUAUAAUUAAGUGAGUGGUCCCAAUUGAUGGCAUUUAAACUGUCAAUUACUCCAUUCUAAAAAUCAUGAUAGAAAAAAAGAAAACGCUACAGAAUCUGCUUUGCUAACAAUAUUCUCUACUGUCUGAUCUCGUGUCCCUUUGUGCUGAGUUUACUGUUUAGUUCAAAAUAGUUGUUCAUUUGAAUGCAAAUUUUACUACUAUUGUAUUGACGUUAGCUACUUUUUGCACCUCAACCUUUUAUUGCGUUUUAAGUUUUACAAUACCCGGUAAAUGAAUGGUAAGCACAACUCUUAAGCCAUACACGAAAACGCUGCAGACUUAUUUUUCAAUACGUACUAACUGUUACGAAGUUUCACUAAUACUUUUCGUUGAGCGCGCUGAAUAAGCCAUGUUUUUGUUCCCGUUUUGUCUUACCUUGCGUUUUACAGUAGCGAUUUCUCUGUCUCCACAGAAAAUAAAACUUCUACAGGCAAAAAAUAUAGAAUUAAAGAAAGCAUUCCAACGGGAGCUGGUAAGAUUAUUUGUUUUGGUAAUUUUCUAACUGUGGCUGAAGUCAGCUCUAUAAAUUGAAAAAAGGAAAGAACCAAAUAGACACAAAUUCUCUGGCAACUAAAUGUGCCUUUUUAUAUUUGUAAGAAAAUGGCUGCUCCGGGGGGCGAACCUGUGCAGAGAAGUCCUGGAACUCCAAAUGGUGACGUCAUUGUACACAGCGAUGAAGAAAAAGAAAGACAAGACUAUCUUGAAGUUAAUUUUAAGUAUCCUUUGAUUUUUAAAGUGUCGAGACAGAUCUUACAAAUUACGAGGCAUACAUUCCAAUAAACCAGUCAUCCAUAUGUCCCCCUGCUAUCGUAGACAGUGGAUAAUUUGUUCAGUUAGUUAGGCGAUUGAGCGGAAAGUUGCUUGAUUAGAUCCAGUCAAUAUGUUAAUCUGGCAGACAUUAUGUUCAGUCAAUCAGUCGGUCACCCUAUCCGUUCGUUUGUUCAUACUUCCUUCUGUCGGUCGCUCGUAAAAUUGCGCGAUCUGUCUUCGUUCGGUCGAUCGCGAUUGGUUUCCUUAAAUGAUCAGUUUCAUUUUGGGGAACUUGUUUGAGGGAGUUUCUCUGGGAUCUUCGUUACUAUUGCAUCAUUAUAGGUUGCUGUUGUGAACACAUCACCUUAACUAAACGUUAGAUAUUUAAAACACGUAAUUUUAAAAUACAUGUGUAGUACAAACAAGCAGGUAAUCAUUGUGUUUGUUUUUGACGAGCUGGUUAGGAUCCGUGCUGGUGUGCAGCAUUCUCGGAAAAGUCGUGUACAUAUUUUUCUCCGUUUCCCAAUUUUUUUUUCCGAAGGGGUGGGGGAGUGCGACCUGACCGGUAGUAAUCAGUUAAGAGUUACUUCUCAAACUGAAUUCGACAAAAAAGUCGAGUUGUUUUUCCUCUUGUUUCUUCACAGUUUUUGUGGCGAUAGAUUUUAAAAAUGUUAGUCGGUUCCAUUACGCCUUUAGUUAUUAACUGAUCUAAUUUCUUGCCUUUGUUACUUUUUCAGUCUCGUCAGCUAAUCAACGUGAUUGGUCACUUAUUAAGAUUUACCCCGAAAGAGCACGCAUGCGUCAGGGAAGCUAUGGAAUGGAAGGUUUGUUUGAACAUGGACUAAGCUUAUUGUUAUAGUAGGAGAAAAGUUCGUGAGUGCCCUUAUCAGCUGCUCCUGCAUCUUUCGUCGUCGUCGUUAUUGUUUUUAUAGCGGCGAACUUUGUUGUAGCUUGAUUGGACUUAUUACGCACAGCAACUUCCUUCCAAAGAAAUACUUUAAAUUUCGAGUCAUGUGUUAAGCACAGCCACGUUUCUUUUGCGUAUAGCAUUGUAUUCUGUGUGUAGACUUGCAUCAAUUAGCGGGGAGACUUCAAUUCAAGUAAGAUCCUACAAGUUUAUACUAUUAUGACGAGUAAUGCCUUUAUUUUUGUUUUCUUUCAGUUGCCAUUAGAUUAGGAUUUUUAGAAAUGAAUGUUGUUCGUUUUAGGUAAGUCUGAAUGAUAACGUAACCGUGUAGUAUUUACUAAAGGAUUUUUUUCCUUGCCUUAAGGUUGCUUUUCGUCAAAACUGAAAUAUUUGGGUGUUCUUCCGCCGUAAUUUUCCUCAAUAAUUGUUCUUUACAUUUUUUUUAUUUGAUAAUUUACACAAAAAAGCCUCGUUGGUACAAUUAAAAAUCUUGUAGGUUAAAUAAUAAAAGCAACCUUAUUAACCCAAUAUUCGUGAACCCAAGUUGUCAAUGCGAGCUGCGUUAUUGUCGUAAUUCACGCAUUUACUCUAAUAUACAUUCGCUCUUCAGUGCUCAACUAACUUGCCAUAAACAUUUAUGUUGCAGAUUGCAGUUGUAAUAAGGACGUAAAAAAAAGAAAAAAAAUUCAGGGUUUAUCCUCUAUUUCACACGAUACGUGGUGGCUGUGAAAUUCUGUCUCAUUGACCGAUGCACCAUUGAUUUUCACCUUAAAUACUUCAGUUAAUCCCUUUUUUUUCCUAACCCACGACCGUCUCAAUUUUCUUGUAAAAUGCAAAGAUAUAUUAUAAACGCAGCAGAGUUAAUAUCAAAAGGAUAAGGGAAUUAUGAAAAACUGAGCAUAAAAAUGUGACAUCAAUAAACAAUUUUUCCCUGAUAAGUUAGGAAACGAAAUAAUUUUUUGUAAAAGCGUUAUCCGUUCCAAGAACUGAGAAUGAAAUUGGAUUGGAAGCUAGAAAGAGCUCCUUAUAAAUAUAGUUAACCGGACAAUUACAGCUGAAAAAAAUUGUGAGGGAAGGUGAAAUAUCCUCUGGGAAGUGUUUUUAAUACAAGACGUCAAAAUGAAAUUUAUGUAAGACGUGAUGAAAUCCAUGGAAAGAGUAUAAUUUAUUGAAAUCAUUGUUAUUUAUCAAUCGAAUGAAUUAUAACUUUGGCGGGUUGCACAUUUUUAGACACAAGCUUGGAGUGUAAUAUAUUAUUUGUAGCAGAACAAAAACAAUAUUUGGGAAAACGUAAAUAAAUGCUGUCAGAAAUGCAAAGUUUUUCAUGGGGGAACUAGCCCUGUCUGUGUUUCACCCUCAGAAACAGAGUGUGAAGAUUGUUCAAACGAUGGUAAAUAGUCUUCCCUUCUUCCCCUCCACGCGAAAAAGAAAAAUUGGCCACAGC